AUGUCUUGCACCGCUCGCAUGUCCUCCAGGGCUGGAGGCAGCGGCUCCAUCAGGGGCUCCACCUGUGGAAGCGGCUUCAGCGGUGGAAGCAAAUGCGGUCUUGGGGGCGGCUCUAGCCGGGGCUUGCGAGGAGGCUCCAGCAGCUACGGCAUGAGUGGGGGGUCCAGCGGAGGCUUCGGAGGGGCUUGUGGUAGCUUCUCAAGCGGAGGCGGAUAUGGAGGAGCGUCAGGCUCUGGGUCUGGCUUUGGUGGGGGUUCUGGAUUCGGCGGGGGUUCUGGAUUCAGUGGGGGAUCUGGAUUCGGUGGAGGUGCUGGUGGAGGCUUCUACAGCUAUGGUGGUGGAAUGGGUGGCGGAAUGGGUGGCGGCAUGGGUGGAGGUGGUGGCGAUGGAGGGCUUUUCUCCGGAGGUGAAAAGCAAACCAUGCAGAACCUCAAUGAUCGCCUGGCCAAUUACCUAGACAAGGUCAGAGCCCUGGAGGAGGCCAACACUGAUCUAGAGGUCAAAAUCAAGGAAUGGUAUGAGAAAAAUGGGUCUGGGUCUGGAGACACUGGCUCUGGAAGAGAUUACAGCAAAUACUACCCAAUAAUUGAAGAUCUCAGGAAUCAGAUCAUCACAGCCACGAUUGAAAAUGCUGGGAUCGUUCUGCAGAUUGACAAUGCCAGACUGGCUGCUGAUGACUUCAGACUGAAGUAUGAGAACGAGCUGUAUCUCCGGCAGUCGGUGGAGGCUGACACCAACGGCCUGCGGAAGAUCCUGGAUGACCUGACCAUGACUCGAUCCGACCUGGAGAUGCAGAUCGAGAGCCUCACCGAGGAGCUGGCCUACCUGAAGAAGAACCACGAGGAGGAAAUGAAAAGUAUGCAAGGAGGCUCCUCUGGAGGAGACGUGACCGUGGAAAUGAAUGCUGCCCCAGGAACUGACCUGACCAAGUUGCUGAAUGACAUGAGGGCGCAGUACGAGGAGCUGGCUGAGCAAAACCGCAGGGAGGCCGAGGAGCAGUUUAACAAGCAGAGUGCAUCCCUGCAAGCACAGAUCUCCACCGAUGCUGGGGCAGCCAACUCCGCCAAGAGUGAGAUAACAGAGCUGAAACGCACCAUGCAAGCCCUGGAAAUCGAGCUCCAGUCCCAACUGGCCAUGAAAAGCUCCCUGGAGGGGACCCUGUCCGACACGGAAUGCGGCUACAUGGUUCAGCUGUCAGACAUUCAGAUGAAGAUCAGCAGCCUGGAGGGCCAGAUCUGCCAGAUCCGGGGCGAGAUGGAGUGCCAGAACUCCGAGUAUGAGCAGCUGCUGAACAUCAAGACCCGCCUGGAAAUGGAGAUCGAGACCUACCGCCGCCUGCUCGACGGCGAGGGAGGAGGUAGUUCUGAUGUGGGGGGCUUUGAUUUUAGAAGCUCGGGAUCCAGACAGACGGGAGGAGGCAGAAACACCGGAUCCAGGGGUUCGAUAUCUGGAAGCUCUGGCCAAUCAAGGGAUCAAGGCAAGACUAGAGUGACCAAGACCAUCGUAGAGGAGAUGGUGGACGGCAAAGUCGUCUCAUCUCAAGUCAGCAAUAUUUCUGAGGUGAAAUAUAAAUAAGUGAUUUCCGGUUUCCAGAUCAACCAGGGUGUCUUUCAGAGAAAAAAUAUCUAAAGGACACAAAUGAGGAAGCCUCAUUGAUCUGAUCAUCUUUUUGGAUAACUUCAGAAGAAAAUGUCCAUCUAGAAAUUGAUAACUAACCAAUUUUUCUGCAUCCUUCUCUUUUCUUAUUAGAAUGCUCUUUAAAAAGUUGAAAUGACAACUUUGCUCUAAUUGUU